CCGUAACCUGUCAGGUCCUCUUGAGCUGCCCAAUCAGCUGUUCUCUUUCUUAACAACUAUCCAAUCACAGACCUUGUAUCUAAUAAAACUAUUCAACAUGGAGACGACGGUUGAAAAGCUAGAAGCUAUGUUCCAGAAGUCAGAGGCAGACUUGGAUUACCUUGAAAGGAGGCUAAAGCUGGACUUCAUCAACAGCACUGCCGAGAAUGGAAGUUCUGCUGAGGAGAACCCAGCAGUGAUGCUGGAAAACCUGAAGGCUGUCAAGGCCAAAUACUCGCUGCUGUGCUCUGAGGUGAAGGACAUCGCCAACGCUCAGAAAGAGUCGAUGGAAGGCAUCAGGACCAGCCUCAGCGGCAUCAUGGAAGUGAUCAAACACUGCCAGGAGACGUCUGACGCAGAGGUCGUGUCGCUGACAGAGUUGGAGCAGGAGGCAGCAGCGCUGCUGGGUGCUGCUGCCAACAGCCCCAAGACAGAAGUAUCUCCCUCUGAAGCAGCCCAGGGGCAGCAACCACAAUCAUCCAAGAGGUGAAGUAGCAGAAAUGUUGAAUGUUGGAUAAGUGAGGUUGAGGUGAACACGUCACUUUAACCCUGAGAUGGACAUUUAUGAGGACGACUGCUGGAAAAUGGACCCUUGUCACGGCUUGUUCCCUUUUACAAAAAAGAGGGGAAGGAACGUGGAACUAUGGAGACUGCUGACAUUUGAAAAGCAGUAGUGAUGAUCUAAGCUCUGUCAUAAUUGACUGAACUGUGGUCUUCUGGGAAAAAGGCUGAGACACUGAGGCAUGGGACUAACGAAGAUGUAAUCUAUUGUCUGCUAUUAUUAUUUGCACUUGCGGAACCUCCUUUAAUGAAAAUAAAAAAGUUAAAAAAGUU